AUGCUGGGACUGUCCCUCAUAAUACUCAGCUGCUGCUGCAUCCAUCUAUUGAUCGUCUUCCCCGAACAUUCCCCCGAGCUCUCCUCAUCUCCACUGCCGCCGCCGCCGCUUCCGCCGCGUGGCCUGAUCCCGCCCAACAGAAACAACCCAACCGUGUCCAAAAUCGUGGACGCCCUCCUCUCCCGCGGAAACUACUCCGCCUUGGUCCCCGACCUCGUAUCCAAAUUCGCGGCGGCGGAGGUGCUCUGCCGCAUCGACGGCGAAAUCACCGUGUUCGUCCCGCGGGACGAUUCCACCUACCGGUUCUGCGAAUCGGAGCGGCCCGGGGUCCGGAUCGUGACGUCACGGGUGGAUCGGGAAUCCUUCGGCCAACGGGGCCGUCCCCUGAGCCACGGAUCCGUCCGGCGGACCUGCGGCAGAGAGAGCGAGAUUCGGAUCGGGACCUGGAGAAAUGUGCAGGCGGAGGUCAAGGAUUGGAAUCUGUACGACGACGGGCGCGUGUUGGUGCACGGAUUCGGCGGGGAGCUCACUCACAACCUCGUGACGGCGGUUGAGAGACUCACUAUCUUGGGUCUGGUCGAGCAGAGGAGGGACCCGCCGGGGAUUCUUUGCCGGAGCGUGCCGCCGGAGCUCGUCAAUAGUUUUUCCUACUUGCGGAGGGUGGAUGGCCGUUGGUGGGAUUGUGAUGGGCAAGUAGUCUGGUACUGUCAGAUUCCUAUAUUAUUGAGGGAGAUUCUCAAGUGA